GAUAAUUCCGCGACGGGAGCCGUUAAACUGGCGCAAAUGUCAAGACAGAGGAGAUAUUGACGCCGUCCACGCUGAUACACCGGUGAAAGUGUCUCGUGUAUGUUUAGAAUAAAUAAACAAUGGAAUCGAGAAAUGAGAAGGACCUCGCGGUGGAAAGGCUUCAAAAUGCGCUUUUAAAGCUUCCCAGGGACGACUUGGUCAAAUUGCUGAAGAACACGUACCAGGCCAUGCGAAUAAAACACAGCAUCCCGCACGAAAAGAAGGCGCCCGAACCAGCGGCGGAAACCGCCAAGUUACACAAGAAAUCAGCAAAAUAUUCCGCGAAUUCCAGGGCCGCCGCAAGCGGUACGCCAAAGGCAAAGACUGCCAGACAGCGGAGCGACUCUGUGAACUCGAGGCCAACCAACGCCAGAAGCGCAAAGCCAAGGGAGCCAACGGGCAAGCAGGAGGAUAAGAGAAGAACAUGCAGAAUCAAGAACAAGGGGCCAGAGGUGGAAUUGCAAGACACACAUUGCAGCAGUGAUCCCAGCUUUAGCCUGGGAGAGUUUGGCGAACAACUCACGUUUAGGAAAAGCGACAAGGUGCCAAAGCUCGACCUUGAGCUGGUGAACAAGGCCAAGGAGGGCCUCUUGCAAAGGGCCAGCGAGGAUCCCAUGACUCCCACGUUUUCGCCAAAGCGGUCUGGAAUGGACGAUCGGGACAUUCAAAACUUUCAGGAGAGCUGCAGCAUCAGGGGCUGCAAUGUUGAAGCCAAUGGCACGAGGGAUGAAAGCGAUUACUCGGCCUUUACAGACUGCAGCUACAGCAUGCAUCCGGAUGUGUACAGUUGGCAGAAUGACCCGGAGCACUUUGGGUACACGCAGCCUCCAUUUGCAAUGCCUGCACAGCCGCAAUUUGGCGGAAACAUGCAAAAGUUUGUCACGGCGUGCUCAGAGUCGUCGUACAAGAUGCAGACACAGGAAAUGUACAGCACAUCCACAAGGCAGGAGCCGUUUGUGCAGGUUCCAUUUGGUGCUCCUACCGACCCAUUCUACGCUCAACCGAGAGAGAUGCAAAACGGUCAAGUGCGGGAGCCAUACGGAAAGUACUCCAUGGUACCAGUCAAUGAGCAUGGCCAGCCGCUUUACAACGCCGUUCCUCUCAAUCUGUACCACACACCUAAAAUUUGUGUAAAGGGUCCGUUCUUUAGCAGGACACGUGUAAGAUUUUAA